GGCUGCGUCGUGUGCCUGUCGUGUGGUCGCCGGGUCUUCGUAGUCAGUUCUUUGCACUUCAUCCGAUUCCUGCCAUCUUCCCUGCCAUUAACGAUGGAUGCUGAUGAUCUCUACGAUUCCGCGGACGACGACAUAGACGAUUAUUAUGACGACUUUGAUGAUGACAUGAAUCCUGACGGUGAGGAGUUGAAGAAAACUGAAUCAGAAGAUGCUGAAUUCGAGUGCUUGAACGUUUUUCAGGUGGAGCGAGUGCUCAAUGAGAGCGUUGCUGCGUUGGCUGAAAAGGAAGCAAUUUCGCCAACACUGGCUCGUAUGUUACUUCAUGCGAACGAAUGGGAUGUGAACAAGGUUUCCUCGCUACUCUUAACAAACGGAGCGGCAACUCUCCGAGCCAGUGGAAUCCUCCCUCCAGGAGCCGCAACCGUUUCACGACAAAGCUCGGCUCUUUCCUACUGUGCAGUAUGUGCUGAGGAAGGUCUUCUAGAAAUGCGCGCAUUGGCAUGUGGUCAUGCAUUCUGCGCAAUGUGUUGGCGUUUGCACAUCGAAGCCAAGAUUUCUGAAGGAGUCGCGUCUCGAUUGGAAUGUAUGGAGCCGAGUUGCAGCCUUUUAUGCCCAAGUGAAUUUGUGCUGCGGAUACUUGACAAGCCGCAAUUCCGAGCAAGGUAUGAGCGUUUUGUCUUUCGCGAUUAUGUGUCUUCUCACCCUGAACUCAAAUUUUGUGUAGGAAAGGAUUGCCAGACUGUUAUACGAUCAAAAGAGAAAAAACCGAAACGAGUGACCUGUUCGAGCUGUAAUACCUCGUUUUGGUUGCCGUGGGCGUCGAUUCAUGCUCCAACAUCAUGUGAAACAAUCAAGCAGUGGUUGCUCAAAUGUGCCGAUGACAGCGAGACUGCCAACUAUAUUAGUGCUCACACCAAGGAUUGUCCUCAAUGUCAUUCGUGUAUAGAAAAAAAUGGUGGAUGCAAUCAUAUGCAGUGUGCCAAAUGCAAACAUCACUUCUGCUGGAUGUGCUUUGGAGAUUGGAAAACUCAUGGCAGUGAAUAUUACGAGUGUAGCAGGUACAAG